ACGAAAAGUCAAGUCAGCACAUCAUCUGGUGAACUGUAACACACAUAUUGAUGACAAUGACAUUUCUUGCACCCAUAAAAGACUGAAUGCGAAGCCAGCGUGAAAGCAUUCCAUCAGCGGGCUGCAGCAAUUAAAGAUUCCCAACAAAAGCCAGAAGUGUCGAUGGCAGCCAUAGUAACAGGCCUCAUCCCCAUCCUGCGGACGGCAGUGGAUGCCACCACCACCUACAAGUGCCGCUCCCUGUGGUUUGGCUUCCUGUGCAUCCGCCUGGUGAUCCUCUUCCUGGCUGAGCUGCCCUUCACCAAACUGGACACUGACUUCACCUGCAACAGCACCAGUGACAUCUGCACCAGAGCCUGUUUUAAUACUCACUUUAACAAACCUAUGAUGGUGGCCUGGAACUUCAUCUACAUGCUGGUUAUCCUCUCCGUCCUGCUCAUGGAGCUGUUCACCUCCCACCUGCGCUCCCUGGCCCAGAAGAGGAUCUCCCAGAUGAAGACUGAUGUGGAGCUGGAGGCUCAGGUCGUGUCCACAGACCCAAAGGGCAAGAUGAUUAUAGAUCUCCACACAGACAGAUGCACAGUAGGCUUCUACCUGUUCAGCAUCAGUCUGCGUAUUCUGGUUGAAGCCUGGUUUGUGUAUGUUCUGUUUUCCUGGAACCUGCCAGCACUGAAUAAUGGUCCAUACAAAUGCUCGACAGACAUCUGCUCCAAGUUACAUGUUUGUGUUGUGAGGGCCGCCCCAGAGAAACGCAUGUCUAUUUAUGCUUUGGCUUCUACCUCAGGCAUGAUUAUUGUUUGUUCAGUCUUAUUCUGUAUGUACUCCAUUACUCACUACCUUUGCAACUUUUAAAUAUUGACCUUUUUUUUUAAAUUUACAAUGCUCUGUUUUGGAAUAUAUGAAUUAUACGAAAAUAUAUUUACUGUGUUUGUAUUGAUGCCUCUUCUGAGCAACAUUCAGUUCAUAUAUUGUAUAUUUAUAAAGUAUGUAAAAUAAUGCUUAGUUGCUCUUGUGUGAUUAAAUUUUCUGUUGCAUUAAGUUUAUACUAACCUCUUAAGCCCUGUUGGAGGUUUACAUAUGUUGUGAGAUGUGUUUUGCUGACACAAAAGGAUCUAGGUGUUAGCUGCAUG